AUUCUUAAAUUAGAGUAAUGAUGCUUUUGAAUUCAUGAGAAAAUGAUUGAUGACUUGAAAAUAUUUUAGUCCAUAAUUGAUACUAUAAACUCCUUCAUUGUACUAUGACAGCUAUGUCUAGGAAAGAAGAUAAGGGCAAGAAGGUUGCUUCAUCAGAGCCUAUUAAAAAAAAUCAAAGUAUACAAUUGCAGAGGAAGUUGAGCCAAUUUGGGCAAGAAGGUCACAGAGCAUUGUUAUUCGUGAGCCUAGUAAUGAUGGUCGACCUCCACACAGAUCUCCUUCGCCGACAUAUCCACCUCCACACACUGCUCAUUCCACGGCAUGUCCACCUGCCCAUCGUGAUACUACUCCAUCUCCUACUAUACCUGGAGUUUCUCCUAGUAUACCUGGAGUUUCUUUCACUUGAGUUACUAUGUCUGGUGUUAAUCCUCCACUCUAUACACACUCACCAAGACAUACUACCACUCCAAUCUCUGCAAGGUCUCCUGCUCCAUCUCCUAGUAUACAUGGAGUUACCAUGUCAGGUGUUAAUCCUCCACUCUACACACACUCACUAAGACAUACUACCACCCCCAUCUCUGCAAGGCCUCCUACUCCAUCUCCUAGUAUAAAUGGAGUUUCAUUCCCUAGAGGCACUGUGUCUAGUGUUACUCCUCCACUACAUACACACUCACCAGAAUAUAAUAAUACUCAUUUCUCUGCAAGACCUCCUACAUUAUCAUCAGAUCUUUUACCAGAUGUCCGUUUUUUAGAAUUGCUUGGUAUUAAUGGAGGAUUUAUGCCAGUACCCGAGGUGCAACAAGAACAAGAACAAGAGCAAGAGCAAGAGCAACAACAAGAUUGUGAGCAAGAACAUCAAAGCCAACAACAAGAAAGGGAAGCGGCACAACAAAGACGAGUGAGACGUCGCUACUAUGAAGUGGUACCAAAGUACAAAACUCAUUAUAUACUUGAAAUUAAGGGUGACUCGUAAGUAUUUUAACAAAUUAAUUUGCUACUUACUUUCAUUUCAUACUUUUUUUUUUUUAAGUCAUAUAUUAAUUAUCCAUUUAAAUAUUCAAGUUGGAGCCAUCGAAAAUCUCUGCAAAAUACAUAAGGGAGGCAAUCCAAGCAGUGUAUAAAAAGCCGUGGCCCGUGUAUAAGGAUCUUAAGAAAGAAAUUGGGGAUAAAGUUUUUAAAGAGUUUAAGAGACACUGUGUGUGGGAUCCUCAAUAUGAAUAUGAUGUUGAGCGCAUUUUUCAUCGUUUAGCAAGUUCAUGUCUGUCAGAUAUGCUAUAUGAUGAACGGAAGAAUAUUGCUGAAGACCGUUCUUAUCGCCCUCAUUGGUUGGCCGAAGACCAUUGGCGUGCCUUGCUGUCCUAUUGGGCUACAAAUGACAGAUAUAAAAAGCACUCCACGAUUAAUAAAAGGAAUAGAGCAAGUUCAAGACAAGCUCGCCACACACAAGGUUCUGUUACUAGUGCAACCCACGCGAGACAUAUGGCAAAAGAUCUUGGAAGAGAUCCCUAUGUAGACGAGCUUCAUCGAGAAAACCAUAUUAUACAUGGUACAGAUGUCUACGUUGAUGAUCGCUCCUAUAAUACACAGGUAGCUUUUCGGGAGGAGGUACGACUAUUCUUGGAAGAGUCGUGAGAAUAUUCGACCUAUGAAGAAUUGCCUAAUGCGAUCAAGCUGGAACUUUGGAGGAAGGUAUCAGGACCCGGGACAAAGCAUAAGUGGUAUGGUCUUGGUCGGUAUGCUUCCCUCAUGGAGCAUGGAUCUGUAAUCAAUGAGCCUUCCUUUGGAGAAGGGUCUUCAAGUAACCCGGAAACGUUGCCUCCUCAUGUGAUUGCCCAGAUAGAACAUUUGACACAGGAGUUGCAGGCUCGUAAGCUAAUGGAGCAAGAGUUGCGGGACAAGAUGGAACGGGACGCUGAGCAAUAUAGAGCAUUUCAAGAAAGCGUUGAUCGACGGUUUGAGGAAUUGAUCGCAAGCACAUCAAGGCGAGUUGGUGUUGAAGAAAAUGGUUCAGAUGAGUCAUACAAUCCCAACAUUGAAGAGGAUGAAAGUGAUGACACCAAUUAAAUAUGAUGCUUCAGAUAGUUUUAGGCUAGUUUUGUGGACUAUGUGAAUGUUGCAGUUUGAUAUUGCAGCAGCUAUGUUCUUCUGUUUUGGCUGUUGUUGAUGCUGCAGUGGCAGUUAUUAGGUUCUGUUUUGGCUGGUGGCCCUUUGUGUUCGAUUUUGAUGCAGGGAUAUGCUAUUGUGGCCCUUUGUGUA